AUUCAUGUAAACCACCUUUACUGAAAUUGUGGUUAAAGGGUUUUUGUCCUGAUAUCGAUUUUCGAUUUUGUGAACGCUUGUUGGAACACUAGGUAUCCUAUCUGUCGACCAUUGAUUAGUAUGUCAUGUUGAAACGGUGGCUUCCUAUUGCUCGUAACAGACAAAAAAAAUAAGAAGCAAAACUUGAAUUGCUUGCUGUGCUGUGCUGUAGUUGAGAUCGCGGAAUAAAACACGAAUGGCUGUUGCUUUCACCACCUAACCUUCGUCGAGCACCUAUUCUCCUUGUCACUUUUCCAUACAUCAUCCUAACAACCUCCUUCCAACGAUGCAAAUACUUUGACAUUUGUGUUCUCUGUGUUCUAGCAAUUUUUUAGGAAUAAAACUGGCAUUAUGGACUGAAGAAAAGUGACAGACUUAAUGACAUUGAUGUUUGUACAUUGAUGCCUGUCCUAGGACUAGAAGAUACCCAACAGUAAAUGUGAGAAGGUUGUUUACUAACAAUAACUUUACAUUGUUGACAGAAGAAGUUGUUCUAUCUUGAUAACUCGAGUUAACUGCAAAUUUGGUUAUCAAUACGCGUCGCAACUAGAUGAGUUCUAGAUGGUGUCUAAUCCUAUACACAGCCCAAUGAGUGUUCAACAAACAAGUCAAAGGACAAUAAUUAGAAUAUUAUUAUCCAAAUGUAAUUUCUCUUGCUCAGAAAACCAGAAGCACAGAACCUGGUCAAACUUUGCUAGUGUGUAGUUGUCCAAAACUCUAUCAGAAUUCAGACAACUCCUUGGUUCUUUUUCAGCUAUAUAUAUCAGCACAAAGUUCCUCCCCAUCUCUACCAACAACAUAAUUAAGCUUCUUGUUACUGAGUUCAGAGAAAAAUAUGGGAGAUUCAGAGGGAGGAGACAAGUACAGAAGCCACUUGACAGGGGAGGCAGAGAAGAACACCAAGUGGAGGGAUGGUGCCCCUCCGAACUACGACGCUGUCAACAAGCUCUUCGAAGAAGGAAGGACCAAGGUAUGGCCUCCAGGGUCCCUGGAAGAGCAAGUCCAGAACCUGUUGAAGACCUGGGAAAUGGAAAUGUUCCACAAGACAUGUUUUGCUGACAACAAGACCCUAGUCGAUCACAACACCUACACCAAAAGCCUCAAUGGUAGGAAGCCAAUAACCCUGGAAGAGACUCGGAAGAUAGGAGGCGGCUACAAUUCUUUUCUGCAGACAUCUUUACCGAAAGAGCUAAGAGGCUAUGACCCCGAUGUGGAGACAGUUGAAUCAGCUCAUCUGGCCUUCACAACGACGUUUCCUCGUGGUUUUGCAGUGGAAGUGCUCCAAGUUUACUCGGGCCCGCCGGUGAUUCCCUACAAGUUCAGGCACUGGGGAUACAUGGAGGGUCCUUUCAAAGGGUGCCCUCCAACGGGAGAGCUGGUGGAGUUCUUUGGGAUUGGUAUCUUUCAUGUGGAUGAGAAGAUGAAGGUUGAGAAAGUGGAGUUCUUUUUCGACCGUGGAGAGUUGCUGGGAGGGCUUAUGAGAGGUGCCAAAGGGUCUGAUGGUUCUACUUCUGCUACUGAAGCUCCAAUUAGCUGCCCUUUCUUGGCAUCGAAAUGAAAUUGUUAAGGGAUGUAAUAAACAGACAACUUGUCUAUGCCACAUGAACAUGAAGGGAAAAGGGCACCCCUACUAAAUGAAAGAUCGAAAAAAUUUGAUUCUACGAAAUAAGGAGUUGUUAAAUAGGUGUUCUGAAAACACAACCAAUCAAUGGAGUUGUAACUCAACAAAUUGAAUUUGGAACC